AUCAUGUUGUGGUCCGUGUUGAGUUUGGAAACGAAAAUGAUUGCCAUGUUUGGAUGCGCAAUCGUAAUCGCUUUCAGCAUUCUGAUUGUCAUUUGUUUUCUCAUCCCGGAUACCUGGUGGAUAUGGCCGUGGACAGGUGAAUCCGUGGCUGGCGAAACGGAAGGUACUGGCCCCAACGUUAAACUCAAAGAUUUCCAUCACUGGCCGACGGAAGAAUCGACUGCAACGAUCGUCGAUUCGAACAGAAAACCUCGUUUGUCUCGCAACGAGUUGUGUUACGAUUCUUCCGGAUUUUCCCUGGAUAGCGGAAGACCUGGCUCGUACCGCGGAUCUAGCAGCAACGCAUCCAGCAUCGUCAGCGAAGCCGGAAUCAGUCCGUGCAGCAGUAGGAGUGGAUCGACAACGACGCUGCAGACGCCGAUAGACGAGCCGAAUCGAGCGCAAGUGCAUCUCACGUUGCAAUCGAGCGUCGUCACACAAUCGGACGACAACGACGUCAAACAUUCAGCUCUUGAUCAGCUACUGAUUAUCACAAUCGAGAAUGCAACUGACCUUCCGCCGAGGAGUUACGUUGAUACGGUCGAUCCAUCCGUCAGUGUCCGUUUGGAGAAGAGGAACAAUCACCGGCUGGGCAGUCUGAUGGGCGCGUUGAUUGGCAGCGGAGGAGUGGUCAACGGACGAAGAAAUAGCCACCACGUCGUGACGGAAGACUCCACCUGUCCGGUGGUCUACCACAGCCGACAUCCGCGCUUCCAGCAUCCAGUGACGAUCGCCGUGCCCAAAUGCACGCAGCUAAAGGAUUGCCAAUUGGUUGUGAAAGUGGAAGACAAGGAUAAAUUGGUGGGCGUGACUGAACUGGGCCAGUGCACGGUGGACUUACGCGAGCUGGAUUUUUUAGCCGGAUGGCUGGAUGGAGGAAGCCCUGAACGACAAGAAUCGAUCGUGCGUCUCAGUCGAUUUCUGGACAUUUCCAAACCGGUAGAAAAAGGCGCCAUCCUUUUGGGAUUGUCUUUCCUUCCCACCUCCCAGCGCAUCACCGUUCAAAUGACGCAAUGCAACCGGCUCUUAAAAACAGCUGAUUCGUCUUUAACUCAAGCUGUGAUCCGCCUAUUUUUGCUCAACGAGUCGGGCAGGGUGUUGAAAAAGCGGAAAACGGCCCCGUUCAAUUAUCCGAACGGAGGCGGUGGACGGAUCGAAUUGAAUGAACUUUUUCACCUUGACGUUGAAAUUGAGCGUUGGGAUCGUUGCGUCAUUUUGCUCGUCUUAUCGCGUAUGCUUUCAAACGAGCUGGCCGCGUCACAGGCCAGCAGUCAAGAGUCCAGCAGCCUAGACGGAAAGCCUCAGCCGAUACGGAGCCCUCCGGUCUACCAGCACUCGGGUCACGUGGCACUCGGCAAACGGGUAACGGGACACGCCGAACGAAUUCAUUGGAACAGCGCGUUCCAGAGUCCUAGACGAGUAAUCAGCCAGUGGCAUUGCCUACAUUAGGGAUCGAAAAUUUUGAAAAAUUAGAA